AUGCAGCAGCUUCCAUUGGGGAUGCAGCAUCCUCUAGCGAACUUCGCUGUCUCACAGAGCAUCCAGCAGCGUUGUGGCCUGCAAGCACCUAAUGCGCCCCCAGAGAAUGCGCAGAUUGCCAUAGGACUGAACUCUUUUCUUCUCCGAGGAAUACAAGACAAGAGUGCUGGACAGGCUUUCAAUCCCAACGAAUGCCAUUUGCCCGGCAUACAGGCGAACCCUCACGUGACCAUGGGCCCUGUCAACACCGUGAGCGGCAUGAACCCCGUGUUGCACCUGGGAAUGUCUUCCGCGUUCACAUGCGUUAGAGAUGCUCUCAAAGGAGCCGAUGAAUCUGCGUCCAUCCAGUCUGCUGUUCAGAGCAUAACGGCAUCUGCACAGGCCAUGGCACAGAACAUCCAUGUUUCACAGCCUUUCAGUGCUGAUGACAGCAAAGCGCAAGGGUCUGAUGAGGAUGACAGCAAGAAGAAGUCUUUGAUUGGUGCGGAGCUUGCUGCCAGAAUCUAUGCCAUGCGGCCUCCUCGCACACAAGUUGGAGGACAGUUCAACGCUGCACAGGGCCUAUCGCCAACUGCCGUCGGGAACCUGUUUGGAGUGAGCUCCAAGGUAGUGAGAGACAUUUGGAAUCGAAGGACAUGGAUCGAAGCGACGAGAUCCUUGUGGUCGGACUUCGAAGUCGCCUCGCACCUGAUCGAGAUGAAGACAGCUGACCCCGACCUGGCCAACAAGCUCGCCAAGUUCAAGCCUCUGAUCUUGAAGAGGAAGCCUGGCCGGCCCCCCGGUGCCAAGGACUUCGUCCCGAGGCAGAGGAGGAAGAGGGACGUCACUUCGGGGGCGAGCCAGGAGAAUGCAGAGACAGCAACCGGGCAGACGACAUCGCAGCCACAGCAGUUGCCAGCAGCCGCUACUCCUUCCCUCGUCGCUGGCAACCCCCUCGCUUCCAACUUGCAACUUUGCACACAGGCCAUCGCGCAGAGCCUCGUCAACCCUGUGCUGAAGCUGGAGAGAAACUUGGCCGGGUUGGAGCAAUCUGCAGUGCGCACUGCACAGGAUGCGAUGGGGGGGCACCAGGGACACCAUGAGGAAGGGAUCUUGAGCAUCAACCAGGCGGAUCCGUUCGCGUCUGACUGGCAGCACUUGUUGAAGGAGUCGGACGUGAUGGUGUAA